AUCGUACCAUCAUAAGAAAUGCAUUAGUAAAAAUUUCAACUCCAUCCCAGAUAAAGUGUGAUAAGGAAAUAGAGGGAUAGAAGAAAGAAAUGUGAUAAAGUAUUGGAGUAUCCCUGACGAAUUUGAGUUAUUAUUUCGUCCUUGUGUCCAAAAAAUAUUGUGGACAAGUUAGAGUACUUGAAGACCAACUUUGAUAUGGAUCUCUUGUAUUUUUCUUUCAUACAUUAUGUAUUUAGCGAUAUUUUGCAAAACAAGCCACUACAUUCAAAUGGUAAAUAAGACUUGGGCAUUAUCUAAGUGUUGGUGAGAUGGGAAACGAAAGUUUCAAUCUUAGCAAUUUUCUGCCUUUGGUGGCAGUUCAAUUUUGUGCUUCGAAUCGACCAAAAGUGAUCGGCUACUCAUCAGCAAAGAUAACUUCCAAGUUUAAAAUCAAUCGCAAAUAUUACAUCUCAAUAUUUCAAAUAAAGUGUUUUUGAAUAGUUAAUUCGCAAUAAAAGUGAGAAAUCAGAUAAGUUCAUUUUGUUAUUUCCUUUGGGAAUCAUUGGAAAAAAAUUGAGAAAUUGAGAUAAAGUUGAAAAGAAAAGAUUACUGCUCGAAAGUGACCUCAAAGUCAUAAAGAAGAAAGAGCCCCCAGCUAGAGAGAAGAAUCCCCCAGAAAUCAUUGAUCUUUCUACCAUUGGAGUGUCAACAAGUGCAGAUAGUAGAGAAGUGAUCAAAUGUCGACAUUGGCUGAACUGAACAACAUCAAUCGCGAGAGAAGACUCCGCGAAUUGACAAAGACAUUCCGUGGCAUCGAGAGGCCCCUGAAGAAUGCCAGGGGUGUCGAUUCCCUGGCGGAUUUAGUGACAGAAUUGCAUCGUGUAUUUGAGAAGGAUCAUGUUAAUAUUGAAUAUGUUAAUCACUUGAUGCUCAGCUAUAAGUCCAAUCCCGUGGAUUGGAUCAAGUUUACCUCAUUCGACAGAUUCAGGUACACACGCAACUUGGUGGAUUCGGGAAAUGGAAAAUUCAAUCUAAUGAUACUGUGCUGGGGCGAAGGACAUGGCUCUGCAAUACACGAUCAUGCAGAUUCCCAUUGUUUUAUGAAAAUGCUUAUGGGAGAACUUCAGGAGGUGCGAUAUGCCUGGCCAACAAAGAAACUUCUGGAUUUGGACGAGGAAGUAACUGCUGAUAUUGGAAUCUUGGAUGAAAAUGGAAGUGGAUUCAGCAAGGGGGAAGAACUCAAGGAAAUAUCACGAAAGACUCUUGAAUUCAACGGUGUAUGUUACAUUAAUGAUACUCUGGGAUUGCAUAGAGUUGAGAAUCCUAAUAAUUCAAAUGUAGCCAUAUCGUUGCAUUUGUACUGCCCACCAUUCAACAGUUGCAGUAUUUUCAAUAAAAACACGGGAAAGCGUACUUCAUGCAACGUCACAUUUUGGAGUAAGUACGAUGAAAAUUCCGGAAAUGGAGAUUCCUGUUGUAAGAAAUAGAAAAUUGAUCUAUCUCUAACUUUCUGACUAGUUUAAAAGAAAAACAAUUCCAUAGGUGUAAGAGUAAAGGUACUGUGUGACAAUAAUUGGUUAAGAAAACGUAAAUAUUUAAUAAAAUCGUAUACAAUAAAA